AUCAAACUCUGUGAGAAACAAAAAAAAGGCGCAUGGAAGCCUUAUGGGAUUUAGAAGACAAAUGCAAGCUAUCGACAAAACAAGCAAUUGUCCUAUUGAUAUGCGCCGCAUUCGGUGUUGCCUUGCUUUGCACGGUAACCAUGUUGCUGAGAAACAAGUCCAAAAGGAAGAAAUUUCUUAGCCUUCAAGCAAACGAUCAAGUUGACAAAGCCAUAGGAAGGGAAUGCUCAGAUCAGGAGACGCCAACGUGCGGUUGGAUAUCGAUAAAGCGGGCGUUGAUGGGGUCCGUGCGGUGGAGUAAAGCGAGUAAAUGGGAGGAAAGAAAGGGAGGGAGCUGGAGGGAGACACCACUUCCAUUGCUUGAGAAAAGGGUGAGUAGUGAGUUUGAUUUGAGGUGGCCAAGCCAUAAUUCGGAUUCACCGGUAUGGCAAAGACCAAUACUUAUGGGGGAGAAAUGUGAGCUACCAAGGUUUAGUGGGCUUAUUUUGUAUGAUGAAAGAGGACAACUUCGUUGUGAUGCUGAUCAUAAGGAAACUCAUCCAUGCAAAAUAACUACCAACGAGAAAGAAAAUGGUGCUGCUGUUGUGAGAAAAACACUGAGAGAUUUGCUGUAAUAUUUUUUUAUUUUAUUUUUUUUGUAGUAGGUGAAUUUGGUUUGAGAAAAGAACACUUUUAUAGUACCUUACACGGAGAAUUGGGGGUUGUUUUACAGUAGAGGACUUGGUCCAGUUUUUCUUUUGAGUUAACAGCCCCAAUAUCUACACACAGCUGUAACAUUUCACCGACCAUGAUAUAUAAUAAUACUGUACCUUUUAAAAGGAUAGUAAUUUAAUCCCUAUAAUUGCCUAGUACUCCUGUUUGUUGCACCUAAAGCUAGGACACCCCCAACCCAUCCACCUAUAAAUUUGAAAAAUAUCAAAUUCACAAACCACCAUCUUUUAUUUUACCCACCAAAAAAAAAAAAAAAAAAAAAACUAAAACUACCCUCUUUUAUUACGACAAAGAUAAAACAGAACCUAAUGCCUGGACCAUACAAAAUACAGAUCAUAUUUUCAAGUACUGGAA